AUGACUCACCGCCAGGCCUAUGCGUCCGUACGCAACGGCACCUCCAGGCCGAUUUACAUGGUUGGCUGGGCCUGGGACCACCGGGUGAGAUUAGUAGAAGGUUUUCUAAGUCACUCAAAGAUCAAAACCCCCAGAAGACACUUCACUAUUCAGACCCAGAGAAUUUUCCGACCAGUGGAAUAUCUUGCACCAAAUGUUAUUCCUGAUAUAGCUACUUCCGUGGCGAUAGCAGCCGCUGGGGACAGGCCCGGCGCAAGAUCUGUGGCAGCUGUCACGGCUGUAGCCCUUGCUUCGAAACCCCUCACUGAAAGAUUCGUUGGCACAGAAUCUACAUCUGGUUCCAAGCAGCACAUUUUAAGAGAAGAAGAUCGGAAUGCGACUACAGAAAACACCAUCCACGAGGACGGCCCUAUCACCAUUAAAUCGAAUUCAGGAAUUCCUGAAACUGUUUCCUCCAAGAGAACAACUUCUUAA